AUGACGCCUGUCACAUUGCGGCCCGUCACAGCUCUGGUAGCGGUACUUUCGCUGUUGGGCACUUCGGUCCACGCGGCUGAGAAACAAGAUGUGGGAAUUGUGACGACGGAAAUCGCGCGAGAACAGAAUAGUAGUUUGUUAUGGGGUGCUUACAAACCGAAUUUGUAUUUUGGGGUUCGUCCGAGGAUUCCUAAGAGUUUUGCCGGGGGCUUGAUGUGGGCGAAGGUGGAUAAUUUCGUGGAUGUGCAACAUAACUUUAGACAUACUUGCGAGCAAGGUGAUGGUAUGAGAGGUUAUGGAUGGGAGGAAUUCGAUGCUCGCAAUGGCGGGAAACAAACUAUGUACGAUGAGAGCAAUGGGAUUGAUAUCAGCACUUUCUUUGUCAAGUCCCCUGGGGGAAAACAUGGCGGAAACUGGGCUACGAGAGUGAGGGGUAAAGUUAGGGAUGGGUCGCCUGCAGAUUUGAAGACGACGAUGAUUUUCUACGCUUCUCUUGAAGGACUGGGAAGUUUGACGGUUGCGAAUGAGCAGGAUGAUUUGGGGUUUGAGGGAGAAGUCAAUUUCAAUGGUGAUUCGGAUGGCUUGGGCGAAUAUAAGAUUACGGUUACUCCUGGUCGGGGUUAUCAUCCUGCUUCGGAUCAUCCGUCUUACAAGGAGAAGCCGUUGGAUAGAACUUUUGUUCACUCUCUUACACUUGAUGAGAAGUUACUUUGGGCUGCGAAGCCUCAUUUGUUCGGCAAGUUGAAGGAGCAAAUCGAUGAGUAUCUUGGAACUUAUGGAGAAGACAAUGCUCCUCCUCCAUAUCAGAUUUAUACCGUCUCACACGCACCAGAUGAAGGAAACUUCCAUUUGGUUCAAAAAGUCUUCGAGGGAGAUUUUGAAUUCGAUAUCAUUUUCAACAGUGCCUCGGCGGAGAAGGAACUUUCUAGUCAAGAAAUCUCGAGAUUGAUUGGCGAAAAUAGUGUAUCCUUCUACAACAGAUUUAUUUCUACAUUCGAUCUGCAGCCACCUUUUGAUAUUGAGAGUCUUCAAAGAUUCUCGAGUAAAAUGUUCUCAAACUUGAUUGGUGGUCUUGGAUAUUUCCAUGGAGAUUCGGUGGUCGAUCGUUCGUAUGCCGAGGAGUAUGAAGAGAGUAACGAGGGCUUUUGGGAAGAAGCCGCAGCAGCACGGGGACGAAGACAAGAAAAGCUGGAAGGUCCAUCUGAGCUUUUCACUACCGUUCCAUCUCGACCAUUCUUCCCUAGAGGAUUCCUUUGGGAUGAAGGAUUCCAUCUUCUUCCGAUUGCCGACUGGGAUAUUGAUCUUACCCUUGAGGUCGUCAGAAGCUGGUUCAAUCUUAUGGAUGAAGAUGGAUGGAUUGGUAGAGAACAAAUUCUUGGUGCUGAAGCUCGCAGCAAGGUUCCAGUUGAAUUCCAAACACAAUAUCCUCAUUAUGCAAAUCCACCCACGCUAUUUUUCAUCAUCGAUGCUUUUAUUAGCAAGCUUGGUGCACUGAAUGGUACUUCGCCAGAAGCAAAGGAGCAACUCAGCCAAGAACCUUCAAUCUACUCAGCAUAUUUGAAGAAUCCAGAAGCUGGUCUUCAAUAUCUUAAUGAGCUCUAUCCUAAGCUUAAGAAGCACUACUACUGGUUCCGCAAAACUCAAGCCGGAGAUUUGAAAUCUUAUGAUCGUGAUGCGUUUAGUUCCAAGGAAGGUUAUAGAUGGAGAGGUCGAACUCCACAACAUAUUCUUACUAGUGGUCUCGAUGAUUAUCCUCGUCCUCAACCACCUCACCCGGGAGAGCUACAUGUUGAUUUGAUGUCCUGGAUGGGUAUGAUGACCAAAUCUCUCAAGAACAUUGCUGGUCUUCUCGGUAUGGCAGAUGAUGUUGCCGAGUUAGCUACCAUUGAAAUAGCUAUUCAUCACAACAUUGAUGAUUUACAUUGGAGCGAAAAGGAAAAAUGUUAUUGCGAUGCUACGAUUGAUGAUUACGAAGAACAUCAAUUGGUUUGUCACAAGGGAUAUGUUUCUCUCUUUCCUUUCCUGACAGGUCUCAUUGAUAAGGAUAGUGAUAAAUUGGGUCACAUCCUUAACUUGUUGGGUGAUGAAGAGGAAUUGUGGAGUGAACAUGGUAUCAGAUCUUUGAGUAAGAAAGAUUCAUUCUAUGGAACAGAUGAAAAUUACUGGAGAGGUCCUAUUUGGAUGAAUAUGAAUUUCUUGGCCGUUUCUCAAUUACUCAAAUACGCAGAAAUUCCUGGUCCCCACCAAGAAAAAUCUAAAGAUCUCUACACGAAACUUAGAUUGAAUCUUAUCAAGACGGUCUAUGAUAGUUGGCAAGAAACAGGAUUUGCGUGGGAACAAUAUAAUCCUGAAACGGGAGUGGGACAGAGAACUCAACAUUUCACUGGGUGGACAAGUUUGGUGGUUAAGAUUAUGGGGAUGCCGGAUUUGAGUGGAGGGGCUUUUGAGGCGGAGAAAGGGGGGAAGGUCAAGGAUGAGUUGUGA